AUGAGUUACAUAAUUAAGAACAAUGUAGAACGAGGAAUUUUGCAGUUUCAUUUACACCUUCUACUUCAUUCUGCUAUUCACUCCGUCCUUCAUUUUUUCUUCUACGUCGUCCCCCACUUUUUCCUACAUUUUCGCUACAAUUUGUCUUUUUACUUGCUUUUUUUUGCUUAUACUCAUGAGAUAACACAUUGCAAAAAUGUUAACCGGGUUGAACCACCCCAUGGAAUCAUUGCCCAGCAACCGAUAUUCAGUGUUAUAAGUAAUGACAUCAAAUUGAAAAAUAAAGUAGACUAUUCCAGAAGGGCUUUUUACCUUCAGGAUGGAGUAAAAGUGUAUGAACAAGUCACGAACAAAUGCAAGGUGUAUUUUUUGCCUCUUGUCUGGCCAAGCUCUGAAAAGGGGAAUCAUCAAGGGGAGCAAAUUCAAGGUGAUUUCAAUUCUGCCCAUACGGGUGAUCUCACUUCUGGCCAUACGGAUGAUCUCACUUCUGCCCACACUUCUGGCCACACUGCUGAAGAACCAAACACGGGGGGAAAAGAAACGCCGUUCGAAUACUUGCAAAAAAAUCUAGGAGAAAUAAAAAAAAAAAUUGAAAUGAUCGCGACGCACAUUAAGAAAUCAGAACUUGUUAUAGUACCAAUUAAUUAUCAUGAUAUUUUAAACAAACAUCUGCUGGAUAUUCCUCAAUUUAGCAACUUCCUGAACGCAUUAGAUUUGAUAUUUCUUGUAAAUCAAACCAGAGGUAAACACAACGUUAUUUUUUUCAUUUACAAUUUUUAUGAAAAUGACGACAACUUUCUAUGGCCAAGUAAAACAUGGAUAAGCGACCAUGGAAAAAAUGAAAAAUUGGAAAUUUCGAAAAUAGUAAAGUCAUUUUUACAGAAUCAUUGGAAGGAAAAUUAUCAGAAAUGUGUAAAUGAUAUGUUCAUUUUUGAAAAGGAAAAUUCUAUCGAUUUUGAAAUGUUACAUGAUAAAAUUGAGAGAAAAAAAAUAUACAAGUGGAAAAACAUUCCAAUUAGUAAAAAAUUUGAAAAGAAACAAGACAGUAAAUCGUCUACCACUAUCCCAGAAAUGAAGAAAAAUGACAGAAAUAGCAUCUCUAUUUUUUCGAAUUGCAAAGUGGAUACUUUAAAAAAUGCAACUAGCGAAAACUAUUUUGUAUAUAAUUUUUUUUCCAAUUUAAAAAUUAGCAUAUUGCAUGAAUAUUUAAAAUUGGCUAGUCAACUAAAAAUUGAUGAUUUUAGUCAGGAAACAGAUGCGACAAAAAUAAAUAGGAAAAUGAAUGAAACAAUAAAAGAUAUAGACAUACUAAUUAACAAAUUUAUGAGCUUUCAAUUAAAUAAAAAGAUAAUAAAAAGUGAAAAAAGCAUGGAACAGAUAAAAGGUGAAAAAAGCAUGGAACAGAAAAAAAGUGAAAAAAGCAUGGAACAGAUAAAAGGUGAAAAAAGCAUGGAACAGAAAAAAAGUGAAAAAAGCAUGGAACAGAAAAAAAGUGAAAAAAGCAUGGAACAGAGAAAAAGUGAAAAAGACUUUGAACAAAUAAAAAAUAAACAAUAUUCCUACCUAGUACACAUCAUCUUAACAGACAUGCUGGAAAAGUAUGAACACAAUCUAGAUUCACUUAUACGAUACUUAUACCAGAAAUACAAACAACAAAUAAAGAAAAUUAAAAUAUCAUCAAAUAUGAUAAAUGAAUUUAAAAAAGAAAUUCAUAAUAUUGAUCAGUUAUUCGAUCAGUACAAUUUAAGCAUAUCAUUUAUACCUUAUUUUAAAACCAAGGGACGAGAAUAUGAAUUCCAAGAAAAAGCAAAUUAUAUUUCCUACUACAUGAAAAUGAAACUAUUUCAAAUAUUAAACGAAACAACCAUUGAAAUUGUUAACUAUUAUAUAUCUCAAGGUUUAUAUAUCCAACAUUAUGAUUUCAAUUCCAUUUUUCUGUCACACAAAAAAUAUUCCAUCUUUUCUUAUCUUCUACAUCGUCUUGCUGAGCUCCUUAAGAACAAAAUAAAUUUCACUUUUAAUUACCUCUCCCUCAAUGCUUUUGGAUUAUCCUCAUACAAGGAUGACAUUUCCAUAUCACCCAAGCGGGACCUCAUGAUUACAACAAGUGAAAUUGAUCAAGUGGAAAAAAUAAAUAUCCCCACAAGCCACUACUCAAAGAUUCUCUUAUCAAUGGACUCAUAUAAAAAGUAA